AUCGGCACAGAGUGGGAUGCCAAAGAGCGCAUGUUCCGUAACUUCGGUGGUCUGAUGGGUCCCAUGGACGAGACGGUCGGGAUGCAGCGGUGGUCCAAGGGCCCCAACGUGACGGUCACCGUGGUGUGGAUCGACCCCACCAACGUCAUCGCUGCCACCUACGAUAUCCUGAUCGACGCCAGCGCAGAGUACACCCACUACAGACCCCCACUGAACCAGCCUCUCAGGCCCGGGGUGUGGACCAUACGGGUGUUGCAUCACUGGAGCCCCGUGGCAGAGACAAGGUUUCUGAUUAGUCCGCUGGCUUAUAUGAAGCAUCAGCCUAUAAGACAAGGUAAGAGACAGACACAGACACACACACACACCCAUGGCUUAUAACAAGCACUAGUCUAUACGAUAAGGUAAGAGACAGCCACAGACACACACACACACCCAUGGCUUAUAACAAGCACUAGUCUACGAUAAGGUAAGAGAUAUCUUGGCCUAUAUGUAGUACAUGUUUACAAGUCACAUGAGUGUCAGUCUGUGAUAUAUGUGAUGUAAUUGAUACAGUAUGUCUUGUCAUGUUAUAGGCAUAUCAUAGAUACACACAACAAAACACAAAAGCACAUAUCCCAUGAGGCCCUGCUGUGUUUGCGACGCUCUUUCUAAUCAAACCUCUGAGCCGUUGGAAGCACCAGUUGUUUGUCACCAAGUCAACCGUAAUCAUCCUCAGUGUUUCUCAUACAUAUUAAACAGUAUGUUAAACACCUCCAUAUAACGCCUAGGAACACAAUUACACAAUUAAAUAAAUCUGGCUGUGUUAACUAUAAGGGACCAGGACCCUUAUUGUUUUAGCUAGAGUAAUCAGUUGCAGUGAAAGUCACCCGAGAGUUGAGACGCUAACCUCAGUGUGAUGGCAUAUUCACAGCCUGACCUGUUUUAUAAUUGCACUGAGGCCAUUUUUAAUUAUGAAAAGAGUCAACAAAUAAAAGUUAGCAGGCUUUGCCCUGAUGCACUGUAGUGUUUGAGCCCAUGUGUGAGAGUGAGGAGAGAGGAAGCUAAAAUAUUCAUAAAUUGUUUGUGAGUGUUUUUGUUUGUUUGAUAGUUCGCUUGUUUGCUUUUCUCUCAGUUGUAAAUCCGUGUUGAUGUGAACAGAAAGUUUCUCAGCAAAUUAUUAACCCCACUUCCCCCCAAACUCCAAACUCUGUACUAGGGCAUAGUCAGAAUGCUAAAUUCAUUCCCAAAGACUUUAGCAUUAGAGGUGGGGGUAAACCGACUGCCUUUCUCCACUAUUUAUGAUGAAGUUAAUCAUGAAACGUACUGCUAUGAUCUCUGAGGUUAUACUGUUGCUGAAAUGUUUUAUUACCCAAGUGAGGUGACACUGAGCUCUACUUUAGAUUGUUUUACACUAAACUUUUUGGGUCAGCUUGAGUGGUUAAAUUAGCCCAGUUGGCCCAUAGUGCAAACAGUAGGCCUAAACUAGAUCCACUGCAGCAUAGAAACUAUGGAGACCUGUGAGAGCUUCAGUAUCAAAGAGCCUUAUAUGGACUACAGGACAGUAGUUAUCCAUUGAGACAGUACUUGGGACAAAGGCUAGUUUCCCGGACACAGAUUAAGCCUGGUCUUGGACAAAGAAGCACUUUUAACUGAGAAUCCUUUUUAGUCUCUGGGAAACCAGCCUUACAUCUCCUGCUCCUGUAGGAUGGGGUUAGAUGCCCUUAGAUCCCAUAGUCCUGAAGGUCAUGGUGGUACAGUAAUCCUGCAGCCUUGGCCUCCUCUUCAGCCUCCUCACCACCUGCUCUACCAGCCUCUAGCCUUGCCAUACAUGAUUUACAACCCUGAGUAGCUCCAGGUCUUCCUACUACACGUAGCCCUAGUAAAAGUUUAUAGUGUGGGUUUUUCGCCCUGGCUUAGCGCUGGCACCAUGGGCACACACACACACACUGGCACCACACACACACCGCUGCCACAGCAGAUUCGGUAGUUGGCACCGGGCAGUGGCAAGCUUGGCAGAACAACCGGGUGUCUGACUGCAUCUCUCUCGUCGCUAGCCCGUGAAAAUGCUAGCGGCUAACGGCAGGGUGCGAAGCAGCACUGGCAGAGAGUAGAGGAGCGCUGGGCUAGCGUACAAUAGCCAGGCUGAGGAGGGACGGCAAGCGCCCCAGUGUUAGGAGCACUGAGGAAUGUACAGCUUUACCUUCAGGAUAGAGGGAUGGCACGGUUUUAGGGAUGAGGUAAUGGUCUCGUCUCGUCUCUGCCCCAUAGCUUCCAAUGACUUUAUAAAGAGACACGAGGAACAGUCAUUGAGUUGUUUUCCCAAUUUGUGGCUUAGGCAAUUAUUUUAUGGUUGGAGUGUAUGAAGGGGCUUCUAAAUGUAUAGUGUAUGAGAAGAUGCUGCUAUCUGCCACCUAGCUUCCAAUGGCUUUAUAAAGAGACACUAAGUGCAGUCAUUGAGACACUUGGUGCAGUCUCCCACUUUGUGGCUUAGGCUUACCCUAGAGAAAUCAAUAACAUGUAAUUAACCAGUAACACAAAGUUUGUUCUCAUCAAAUUAGUUCACAGUUCCAUUCCACCCUUUAGGGCAAUACAAUCAAGUCAAAGUGGUUCCACUGAUUUCCCUACUUAGAUUCCCCAUUGAUGACCCUGUCUGUUUACCUGCUCAUUUAUGAAGACUAUCUACAGGACAGUCUCACCAUAAAACAUUAACAAUCAAUUUAUGAACACUAUCUACAGGACAGUCUCUCCAUAAAACAUUAACAAUCAAUUUUUGUCCCCCUCUUUCUCUCUCUUCAUCUCUCUCUCUCUCCCGCUCACUCUCCCUCCCUCCCCACAGAGGACACGCUGAAGCUCCACAACGGACCAGCCAAGAACAGUUAUAUGGAGCAGAGCUUCCACGGCCUAAACCCCGUGCUCAACAUCCCUGUACACCUGGGCCAGGUGGAGCAGGCUAAGCGCAACGCCGUCCUGACUGGCCCCGCCCUGGAACACUGGGUAGACGGCCUGGUGGGUGCGAUGUGGGAGGCUGGGGACGUGUGUUCCACCUCCAUGACAGGGGGACCCGGAACAUCCUGCCCCGUCAUGCAGGCCUGCGCCAAGACCCCAUGGAGCUCGCUCAGCCCCGACCCCAAGUCCCAGCUGGUCCCGCCGCACGCCGAUGGGCACAUCAGGUAG